AUGUUCUUUGCAGAUGAUAGCUACUUGUACUGUAAAGCUACAGAGGAAUCGGCUAGAAAUGUGAUGGAGCUGCUACAUCUUUUCCAACUGGCAUCGGGUCAACAAGUGAAUUUGAGCAAAUCUUCUGUCUUCUUUAGUAUGAAUACGGAGCCUACUAUUAGAUCCAAUAACUGUUCUAUUCUGAAAGUGACAGAAGCUGGGGAUAGUAGUACAUAUUUGGGGUUACCCAAUAUCUUGGGUAGAAAUAAAAAUGCUAUUCUGGGCUUUCUGAAGGAGAAGAUGAGGAAGAAGAUUCAAAGCUGGGAGGGAAAACUCUUAUCGAAAGCUGGGUUAUGUCGAGAGAUGGAGCAGUUGAUGGCCAGGUACUGGUGGAACUCUGCCUCUAAGAACAGCAGGGGUAUUCAUUGGAAAAGUUGGGAGAAGUUGUCAACUCACAAAUCGAAAGGUGGUAUGGGCUUCCGAAACCUGCAUGAUUUCAACCUAGCGCUUCUUAGUAAACAAGGUUGGCGUUUACUGUGUCGACCUCAUACUUUAGUGGCUAAGAUCUAUGCAGCAAGGUAUUUCACUGGAGGUAGUUUCUUGUCUGCAAAGCUAGGUAGCAACCCCAGCUUCAUUUGGCGUAGCAUCAUUGAAGCUAAGGAGAUUAUUCAACCUGGUGCGAGGAGACGGGUUGGGCAUGGGACAUGCAUAGAUAUUACACAAGAUCCCUGGUUACCAUGUACAGCUAACCCCAAAGUCAGUACUAUCCACCCUUCUUUGACUAAUCAGAGAGUGGCUUCUCCGAUGACCACUGGGAGGAUUGCCUGGGAUGAAGACUUGAUAAAGGAUAUGUUUAACAGUAGAGAUGCCCAGCUUAUUUUAAGCAUUCCUUUAAGUGCUAGUCGCCAGGAAGAUACAUGGUUCUGGGCUUUUGAGUCCUCAGGGCGUUUCUCAGUAAAGAGUACUUAUAAAUAUUUGCAACUUGGAGAGAAUACGGGGAUUCAGACCGACCAGGAGAGUAUUUGGAGCAAGAUUUGGAAGCUGCGUGUGCCUCCAAAGGUUAAAGAUCUGUUGUGGCGAGCAGCUUCAGAUUGUCUUCCCACUAAAGCUCAGUUGCGCCUGAUCAUGUGGAUAUUGAUGCCACUUGCCCUCUGUGCAACAAUGAUCUCUCAUGAUGGGGAUCAGCUGAAGGUCAUUGCUAUGAUAUGUUGGGCACUGUGGCGCGUGCGGAAUGACAGCGUGUGGAAGGCUAAGCAAGCGAGAGUGGUAAGUGUGUGCAAUUUGGCUAAGAAUACACUGUUUCAAUGGACUAAAGCUCAGGAUAAGUUGGAGGUUCCUACUGCGGCUUUCUUGACUAAAGAUGAUGGGGCAGAAAAGUGGACAAAGCCAGCAGAAGGUGUGAUUAAAGUUAAUGUUGAUGCCGCUCUGUUUCCGGAUGAAGGAAAUUUUAGCUUUUCUUGUGUUGCUCGCAAUGAUCAGGGGCAUGCCAUUGAGGCCAUUACUUGUUGUAAGCAAGGGGAAACGACCCCUGAAAUGGCUGAAGCUUUUGGGGUAAAGGAAGCAUUGAGCUGGAUUAAAAGGAAAGCAUGGAAUCAGGUUAUUAUUGAGACUGAUUGCCUUACUGUGAUUCAAGCUCUUCGAAGUUCAGUCGUAAUGGACUCUUAUUUUGGGAGUAUUAUUUCUAAUUGUAAGAGUUUAUGGAAGGAUACGCUUAUUUCUAUUUCAUUUGUUAAACGAUCUGCAAACUGUGUUGCUCAUGCCCUCGCAAGAGUAUCCCGUUUGGUAGCUGAUCGUGUUAUCAGGAGUGGUGAUUUCUCUCCUGCUUUGCUUGAUGUAAUGUUGAAGGAUAUUUGCUAA